ACAAACAAGCAAAAAAAAAAAAAACCCACGAACACUACUGAUAAAAAUGAACAAGAGCACUGGGUUCUGCCUCUUCACAAGACAAAUUAGGCUUGUGCCUAUUUGAAUACUUAGCACUGCCAUUAGGGAUUUUACUGUUCAAUAAGUACUGUGCGCCAAGAGAAAAUUAAAAGCCAAAGACCAUUGUUACUUUGGAGAUUGUGCCUCUGUCAUUCUGAUUUCUGAGUGUUGACAGCAGAGAUCUGAGAUGACUUUUCCUGCAUGGAUGGGUCAACUGUUUAAUGCUUAAAUCGUGCCAUCACUCAGUAGUAAAUUGAAAAGGAUGGCCAGCUAGAUGAAGGAGUUAUCAUAUGCCAGUUUGAAACUAACCAGCAAAAAUAAUAAAGAAAAAAAAAACAAAUAGGAAACUGAGCUUUUCACCUACAGAUAGAGGCAGGCUUCACAAGUCAGAAGCAGUUUCAAUGUCAGUAGGAAAUCUGAGACCACAUAAGGAAAUAAAUGGUUCUCCCUUCUAGUCACCAUUUUCAACAGUGAGUAGCUACUUUUGUAUCUUAAAACUACAAUCUGGGAUCUGGGAGAACAUUGCCCUUUGGAACUGGAAAUUGAGUCUUACCUGUCGCUGGUCUUCGAGGUGCAUAGUUUGUGAUCUGUGCUGACGUGCCAGGGAAAGGAGACAGUGGCUGAGAAUGAUGGAGACAGCAGAGAAGAAGGCGCGGCCCAGCACCGGGAUGUGUCCCUCCCACUGCUGCCCACCCCAGCUGCUGCUGCUGGUGACAGUGACACUGAUGCCGAUGGUGCACCCAUAUGGCUUUCGCAACUGCAUUGAGGAUGUCAGGACAUCUUUGUGCUUCCGCUGCAUCCAGCGCUUCCUGGAGUCACCGGCCCUGGCAGUGUCUGACCUGCCACCAAAUGCCAUUUCACUCAAUCUGUCAUACAACUUAAUGCGCUGCCUGCAGCCCUCUGCCUUUGCCCGCCUGCCACGGCUGCACACCCUGGACCUGGCCUACAACCAGCUGGAGACGCUUUCCCCUGGUGCCUUCCAUGGAUUGGGUGCGCUGGUGGUGCUGGACCUGUCUCACAAUCGGCUGACCACACUCGCCGAAGGGGUGUUCAACAGUUUGGGCAACCUGUCCUUGCUGUGGUUACAACAUAACCCCCUGAGCACGGUGUCACCUGGUGCUCUGCUCCCCCUGCUCAACCUGCGCCGUCUGUCUCUGCGGGGCGGGCAGCUGAACGGGUUGGGGGCGGUGGCAGUGGCGGUGCAGGGCUUGGCACAGCUGGAGCAGUUGGACCUAUGUGAAAACAACCUGACAACGCUGGGGCCAGGCCCACCACUACCCGCCUCGCUGCACACCCUGCAGCUGUGCAACAACUCGCUGGGGGGGCUAGUAGGGGGUAGCCCAGAGAUGCUAUGGCACGUGAAGAUACUCGACCUCUCCUACAACAAUAUCUCGCAGGCAGAGGCCUUCACCCAGCUCCACCUGCGCAACAUCAGCCUGCUCCACCUGAUGGGCAACCCCUUGGAUGUUUUCCACCUGCUGGACAUCUCUGACAUCCAGCCUCGCAGCCUGGAUUUCUCUGGGCUGGAGUUGGGGACUCACGGACUGAAAAAGGUGUGCCUGAGGCUGCAGGGUCCCCGGGCCUUGCAGCGGCUGCAGCUACAACGCAACGGGCUGAAGGUGCUGCAGCGUAAUGCGCUGGCAUCGUGUCCUGUGCUGCAAGAGCUGGACCUGUCCUGGAACCGGCUGCAGCAGGUGGGCUGUGCUGGCCAGCUGCUGGACAAGAAGCAGCAGGAGGAGCUGGAAGUGCUGACAGUGGAGCACAACCUGCUGAAGAAACUGCCAUCUUGCCAGGGGGCCCAGGUGCUGCCACAGCUGCACAACAUUUCCUUCCGCUUUAACCGCAUCCUGACUGUUGGGUCCCAUGCCUUCGCUUACGCCCCGGCCCUGCAGGUGUUGCAGCUCAAUAUUAACAGUCUGGUGUUGCUGGACAGGCAGGCACUGUGGGGGCUGCACAACCUGACAGAGCUGCGUCUGGACAACAACCUGCUGACCGACCUUUACAACAACUCCUUCACUGAGCUCCACAGCCUGCACACCCUCAACCUGCGCAACAACCGUGUCUCCGUCCUCUUCCCCGGUGUCUUCCAGGGGCUGUCCGAGCUACAGACGCUGGAUUUAGGGGGCAACAACUUACGCCACCUGGCAGCACAGUCACUGCAGGGACUGUCCAAACUGCGCAGGCUGUAUCUGGACCGCAACAGACUGUUGGAGGUGAACAGCAGAGUGUUCGCCCCGGUGCAGGCUACCCUGGGGGUGCUGGACCUGCGGGCCAACAACCUGCAGUACAUCUCACAGUGGCUGCAUCAGCCACCACCCUUCCGCUACCUGAGCAGCCUGUAUGACCUUAAGCUGCAGGCGCAGCAGCCCUAUGGGCUGAAGAUGCUGCCUCACCACUUCUUCCAGGGCUUGGUGGAGCUGCAGUGGCUGUCGCUGUCACAGAACAUGCUGCGGGCCAUCCCACCAGAUGUCUUCGAGGACCUGGGCAAGCUGCGCUCCCUGACAUUGGCUGACAGCAGCAAUGGGAUACAUGACCUGCCUGACGGCAUCUUCAGAAACCUGAGCAACCUGCAGUUCCUGGACCUGGAGAAUGUAGGUCUGCACUCACUCACUCUGGAGGUCUUCGGCAACCUUAGCCAGCUGCAGGUGCUGCACUUGGCCAGAAAUGAGCUGAAGACCUUCAAUGCCAGUGUUGCCAGCCGGCUGUCCUCCUUGCGCUACGUGGACCUGCGCAAGUGUCCGCUGAGCUGCACCUGCGACAACACGUGGCUGCGGGGCUGGCUGAACAACAGCCGUGUGCAGGUUGUCUACCCCUACAACUACACUUGCGGCUCACAGCGCAAUGCCUACAUCCACAGCUUUGACAUACGUGUCUGCUUCCUGGACCUGGGGCUCUAUCUCUUUGCUGGGACUGCACCGGCAGUGCUGCUGCUGCUGGUGGUGCCGUUGGUGUACCACCGCACCUAUUGGAGGCUGAAGUACCACUGGUACCUCCUGCGGUGCUGGGUCAACCAGCGGUGGCGGCGGGAGGAAAAGCACUACCUAUACGACAGCUUUGUGUCCUACAAUUCAGCUGAUGAAAGUUGGGUGUUGCAGAAGCUGGUGCCUGAGCUGGAGCGUGGUGCCUUCCGACUCUGCUUGCACCACCGUGACUUCCAGCCGGGCCGCAGCAUCAUUGACAACAUCGUGGAUGCUGUCUACAACAGCCGGAAAACGGUGUGUGUGAUGAGCCGCAGCUACCUGCGCAGCGAGUGGUGCUCUCUGGAGGUGCAGUUGGCCAGCUACCGGCUGUUGGAUGAGCGACGUGACAUCCUGGUACUGGUGCUGCUGGAGGACGUGGGUGAUGCUGAGCUGUCUGCCUACCACCGCAUGCGACGGGUGCUGCUGCGGCGCACCUACCUGCGCUGGCCUCUCGACCCCACAGCCCAGCCACUCUUUUGGGCAAGGCUGAAGAGGGCACUAAGGUGGGGAGAGGGAGGAGAAGAGGAGGAAGAAGAAAGUUCGGGUGGAGGGGCAGGAAGGCCCAGGGAGGGAGACAAACAGGUGUAGUGCAGGUGUCAGCUGGCUGUAGGAUGGAGGAAAAUCAGCCGUAGGGUGAAGGACAAUAGCUGGCCAAAAUGUGAAAGAGGACCAUCCAUAGAGUGGAGGACAACAACUGGCCAAAGGGUGGAGGAGAACCAGUGAUAAGAUGGACAGCAACUAUCCGUAUAGACAAUCAGCUGUAAGAUGGAGUGCAACAGCUGCCCAUACAGAAGACUACAGUUGACCGUAGGGUUGAGGAAAACCAGCCAUCAGAUGGAGGACAACUGGUCAUAGGGUGGAAGACAACUAGCUGUAGAUGGGAGAAAAGCUGUCUGUAAGAUGGAGGAUAUCCAACCGCAGGGCCAUAGAGAGGAAGGCAACUGGCUGUGCAGAGGAGGAGAAGCAACCACAGGGAGAACCACAGCAGGGCUUUUCUCAUCCCAAAAUGCCAGGUUUCCAUCCCAAAGGACACCAGAAUAGCCUUUCUCACUCCACAUACCCAGAUCUGCCAAUUCAGAUGACUCAGUCGAAAUUCUUAUGUACUGUAGAAUUAGAUUCUGAGAUUCCCCUCCAAACAGGCCCGAGAACAACCUUCUUACUCUAGGCUGUUCCCCUCCUCAAACUGGCUUUUCUUGCCUCAAAAUGCUUGUACCCAUCCCAAAGGACUCCAAAAGUGCUUUUCUCCCUCAGAGCAUUUUCUGGGAUCCCACAAGGCAUUGUUACCCUGGGGUGCGGCAGGCUCUGUUGUGUACAGAGAGGGGUCCCCAAUAAAGCAAGGCUCCCCCCGCUUCACUUGUCCCUUGCUAUGGUCAUAUGUGGGAUGAGGUGGGAUUGGGAUGGCAUUUUACGGGGCCAGACAAUGGCACAGUCAGAUGAGGGGAGCACUGUCCCUGAGUUCUUUUUGGCCAUUGUUUGGGAUUCUGGCUGCAAAAUGGGGGAAAAACAGAGAUUCUGAGCAAAGAAUAGGCUGAGGUGGGAGAGCCCAGGAGGUCUCAAACUCCCGCAAACCCUCUCAGUAUCACCAGAACCCCCUGGAGCUCCCAUUUUCCCCUUGGAAAGCUCUAGUGUGCUCAGCCUCUCCUGCCUCCAAAGUUCCUCCAGGCCCUGUGUUCUCCUCCAGAACAUACUAGUACUCCAUUAUCCCCCUCUCGAAGUCCUGUUUUCCCUUCAAACAGCUUUAAUAUCCCCAGAGACACCUGGAGUUCCUCCAGAACCACUCCAGAGUCCCCCAUUUACCCACCACUACCCUCAGAGCCCGCUAUUGACAUGCCUUCUCCCCAACCAGAACACGUAUUUCCCCUCUCAGAGCCCCCCGAGGAUCCCCAGACCCCACCAGAUCAUCCCAGGAUUUCCAUUUCCCCUCCAUUGUCUCCUAUUGCCACCCCCUCUCUCCAGUAUCCCCAGUUCCCACACAGGACUCCAGCUUCCCACUCAGACACCCCACUCAUACCUCUGCGGUAUCACUGCAGGUGCUGGGGGAGGAACACUGAAAAAGUGGUCAGUUGCCUUGGGACCACAGAACUGCAGCCGGGAUGCAACAGCUGAGACCACCAGCAGCAGCAGCCAUUCCCCCAGCCACAGUGCAGCUGUGAGGAAACCUUCCAGCACACCAAGUAUGUAUACAGGAGGGGCUGAUGUGUGGCCAAGUACCAAACAUCAAAACACAGAAUUGUUAAGGCUGGAAAAGACCUCUCAGAUCCCCAACCCCAGCACACUCUCACCGUGCCCACUGCCCACGUCCCUCAGUGCCACUGCAUCACUGCUCUCUGGGAGCAGAAAUUGUUCCUAAUACCCAACUGAACACAGGACAUGGCUGACAGCAGGUCACACUCUGUUACCAUUACUCACUUUGUAACUGCCGAGUGAUGAGGAAAUGAUUUAGAAGAAAGACGGGGAAGGAUUAACUGGGAGUCAACCAGGACACUUGGGAGAAACAAAGGGAAAAUGAAUGGGAGGAAGAAAGAAGACAAAGCCAGACUCUGCAGCUGUGCCAAGGCAAGGGGCAAGAAGAGAGGACACACUGAAAUACAGGAACUUCCAUUCACAUGGUCACUCAAUGAGACAGGUUGCCUAAAGAGGUUAGAAAAGCACCAUCUCUCUGGAUAUCCAAAUAUGGGAAGCGGUCCUGAGCCACCUCCUCCAGCUGACCCUGGUUUUGGAAGGCAAGAGUGGCCAGGUGAUGAUGGCCUGAGGUGGUUUACAGCUAUGCUAUAAAUAUGUAAACAUGAGCUGUAUGCAGAACCAUUUGCUCUGCAUCAGAAACCAUUGCAUUGCAACGGUUUCUGAGGGCUUUGGGGCUGCUUUCCAGGAAACCCCAGCACAGCAGCAGGACCUCAGCACGGCCAGAUGAACUUGUGGGACUCCCCAAAGCAGUGGGACACUGAGAGGAACAUUUCCAGGGUACCCAUGGCCUCGUGCUGGAAGAAGGAGCAGGAGGGAGGGCAGAGGCAGAGCCAGAAGCAGGGGCACGAGCUGACACCUCCACCUCAGCCAGCUGAGAAGGGCUCCCAGGCUGCCUGCCCAGACCUCAGAUCCAGCCUCAAUUCAGCACAUGAGAAAAGCACAGCAGAUU